AUGUCCUCUCUCCUCCUCUUUCGAUUCCUCCUCCUCCUCUCGCUUGUUCACUUUGCCUCCUGCAAGGCGAGCAAUGUCGGCUUCCAGCUGUACAUGAACGGAGCUGGGCUGACCAUUGCAGACCAAGUGGUCGUUAUCAAGACUCAGACGAGUCUGUCGAGCAAUCAGACGAAGGGAACCAGCAGUAUCUGUGCUGAAGCGCAGCUGGAUCCGACCAUGAUUCUUGUUCCAGCGACGAAUGUCUACACCGCUUCCGACGAUGGCACCCAGGCUAGUGUUUACAUGUCUGUCAAUGGGUAUUCCGGGAAUGCGAAGCUAUGCUUUAUCUUUUAUGGAUCCACUUCAGCAUGGACCGAUAGCUCCAUCGAACUCACCAUACUUCCUGCACAGAUCUUCUCGUCCAGUUUGACAGCAACGGGAGCAACCACGUUCUCAGUGGUGGCGAACCAGAAGUUCGAGGUAUCGUUGGAAGGACAAGGGCUUGCGAUUGGUUCUGGGCUCGUCACAGUCGGCUGGAGGCAAGACUGUCUAUUAGGUCCGAAUGUGAAAGGAGGAGAAUUUAAAACUUUGGUGAAUGUCAACAAUGAGGGAACCAAGGGAACAGUUGAAUUCACCAUCACUGAAGCAGCCACAGCUGUUUCACUUUGUUACAACAUUGAGGGAAAGACGUCGUACCAGUCUGCACACAGCACAGCUUCUUCAUUGGGGAUUUCUGCCACAAGUUGGCAGGCCUUCGACGCUACUGGGACGAGCGUCUCAACAGUUCUUCCCUUGGUCACAGUGAGGAUUGAGAUUUCUGGCUCGGGUCUGUUUGGGAUGGAGAGUCAGAGGUCGUGCAGUCUCGCUCCAGACCUCUAUUACACUUGUGUGAUGAUCGACACAAGCUGCAACAAUCUCGGCCAAGUUCCUGGUGGUGCUUCUGUGGUUCCUGUCUCAGUGUCUGCGAACACAGUUCGAGCUGAGUUUGUGUUCUCGGAUGCCUCCACCUAUUUGGGGAGCAGCAGAGAUGUGUCGGUCUGCGUGAAGAUGGCGCAGGCAACCUCCUGGAACACAGUCGGGACUGCAAAGUUGACCAUCAACUACCCUCUUUCAACCGUUUCUUCCGUGACCCCCACCAUAUCAAACUCCAACAACGCGCUCUCGGUCACCUUGACAGGGACGAACUUGUAUGAUCAGGUUGGUCUGGCCUCGAAGAUCAAGCUGAGUCUGGACUGUGAGAGCUAUCCAGUCGGGGACUCAACAGGGGUGAUAGUCGGCGGGUCAGCUCAAUCUUGUUCGUCGGUAAUCACCAACUCUUCAGGGCUCCAGAGCUGUGUGGUGACCUUUGAUUCCCUGUUCGUCGCUGGGACCACAUCAGCACAAGUGAUGAUCUGUCUAGCUCAGGGGCCGAGCACCACGUACUCGAGAACGCUGAGUGUGAUUUCCGUGACUCCUUCCUUCGUCAGCGCAGUACAAGCACCUUCGACGAGCACUGCAAACAUUGAGUUCAGCAUUUACAUUGUUGGUCAGAACCUCGCAAGUUCGGGAGCAGGAGCAAUCAUGGCCUGGAUCAACAGGAACUGCUCGACCUCUGACUCCACGGAUGUGUUUGGAGGAGAAGCGCGAUAUCCCGUUAUGAUAGGGAGCAACCAGAUGCUCGCCCAGAUGAAGUUCACCAUCACAACCUCGACUGCCCGGGCUCUGAUGGUCUGCUGGAAUUUGUCCUCGGCAAGUUCAAGUGCCUUCAAAGUCACGUCGGCCUUCAUCUCUGCCUCGCCUCCAACGCUCACCGGCAUCUCCCUCACCAACUUCUCCUCUCUCAACAACUCGCAAGUCACAGUCUUCGGGUCCGACUUCGUGGACUCCGGGCCGGCAGCUCCGACGUUUGUGAUCAUGGGCAACUGCUCGGACUCCAGAUCCUUCCUUCCUGUGCAGAAGAACUUCGUGCUCUCGGGCUCACAGCUGUCGUUCUUGGUGAUCACCAACGUUGUCCUGACGCAGCUUGAGAUGUGUUGGAGGAUUGGAACAUCCCCUUACCAGACUCUGAUGUCAAACAUCAGCAUCUAUCCCACGUCAGUCUCCUCCUUCCAACCUCUGUCGGGGAGAGCCUUCUCCAGCAUCUCCCUUACUGUCUCUGGUCAGAACCUCGGUCAAGCGAUGAAGGUCAAACUUUCCACAGACUGCACGCUGGGCACUAGCAGCGACUCGAUCGGAACUCUCUCUGGAUCGGAGGGGGUGGCACCUACCAGCGUCUCCUCGGAGGCCGCCGUCUUCUCGUUCAGCAUAGCGAGCAUCGUCUCAGUGAAGCUGCAGGUCUGCUGGCAGAUGGGAGAUGGUCUGUACCAGCGGCUGGGAGGCGACUGGUUCAGCUUGCUGACUGGCUCGGUCUCUGCUUCUUUUUCUUCCCAGCUGGUGUCCAACGUACCCUUCAGCAUCACCCUGACUGGCUACUCCUUCAAGGCGUCGCCCAGCAGCGCACUGGUGAAGUUGAAGUUGUCGCAGGAUUGCUCUCUGCAGGUCAACCUGGACAACAACACCUGCGGGGGAGGAGGAGACUGCGUGCAAGGAGGGCAGGGGGUGCUGGGGACGAUGGUCAACUCGAUCGACUUGAGGUUUGACUUCGUGAUGGCGGUCAGGAAUCAAGUGACUAUGAAGCUCUGUUGGACCCUCAACUCUUCUCCUCUCGCUUACAUCGAUCUUGACAGCAGGAUCUCCGUCCUGGUCAACCCUGUCCUCCUGACCUCCUCCGUCAUCCCUGCCAACGUUUUCGUCAACGAACCCUUCCUCGUCCAGCUCCUUGGGACCGGUCUCUCCUCCUCCUCCGCCGUCCCUACCAAGGUCAAGCUGUCGACCUCGUGCAUGGGCGCCGAUGACGUGGACCCGCUGCUGGACAUUGCGGGAGGAGAGGCGCGCUACAUAUCAUGCACAGAUGCAUCGACUGGUUCAGCAUACCUCACCUUCACUGUGCGAGACAGCUCCUCUCCCUUCGUCGUCUGCGCUGCUCAAGGGGCCUUGGGCUCGCCGUCGAGCCCAUGGCAGGAGGUGAAGGCGGCCAACACGCCGUACCGGGUGAGGUCAGCGACAGUCACCUCAGCAUCUCUCUCCCCGAAGUACAGCAGCAUCAUGAAUAACGACCUUGUCCUGCUGUUCAGCGGGCGCGGCUUGGGCUCGUCGUUCGAGGACGUGAAAGUCAAGCUCGUCAACACCAGUCAAGGAUGCUCGUCCUCCUACUCCGACCCAGGGCAGUUCCCCUGCUCCUGCUCCUCGUCCCUUGCUGCCGAGCUCGUGUGUAACUGUGCUUCAUCCUCAUCGGACUCUGGUUACCUAGCAGGAGGAGCCCCGUCUCUGGUCCUCGCAGACAGCUCCUCCUCAGGCCACUCAUCCUUCAUCCCGCAGUUCAGCGGAGCAGCAACAGCUUGCUGGUCCUACGGAGGGAUCGGACUGGUCGGCACCUCCUACCUCGAGCUCCUUCGCUUCACCGUCUCGCAGCCGAGCAUCGCAUGCUUCUACCCGCUCUACGUGGCCCCCAGCACCACCGCAAACUUCUACCUGCUGGGUCAAGGCAUGAGACCCACAGACACGGUCAAGAUCGUGCGGGAGUUCGACGGCUGCUCCUCCCCCGCCCUCCUCUCGGGCACCUUAGGGAGUGGAGUGAGCAUGUCGGGGAUGCAGGGAGUGCUGCCCCUUCUAGUGAGCAUGGAGCUGGGGACGUACAACCGCUACAUCCUCUGCUACUCCUUCGGUCUCAACUUCACCCGCGUUGGAUUCAGCGUGCUACAGGUCUCCACUCCAGUGAUCGAGAGCUUCAGCCCUGCCGCGCUGAUUCGAGGGGACAACGUUGUCACCAUCUACGGGAGGGCGCUGCAUGAAGGUUUGACCUUCGUCCUCACGCUCCUUGACAGGACCUGCGCCCAAGUCACGGCUGCCUCGGCCUUGGUGAAUAUGGGUCCCAUCAGUUGCGAUGACAAGAGACUCUCCUGUUCCCUCAGUUUCACCGUCCCAGAUACAGUCAGUACCAUCCUCUACCUCUGCCAGCGUCCUCCCAACAACCAGUUUCUCGCCGUUGGCUCGUUGAAGCUUCAGGGCCCUUCAGCAAGCACCAUCACUCCCUCCGCCGUCUCUCCCGAUGUCCCCAGCUCCUUCGAGGUCAGUGGAAGUGGCUUCUUUGCCACAGGUGCAGUAUCCGCCUCCUUCCUCGCUCGUGGGGCCUCGUGCUCGUCCUACUCAAGCGACCAGCUCGUUGCCUCCGUUGCUUCCACUUCCAUCUUGUUCGUCAACUCGACGCUCUACCGCUUCAGCUACGUCUUUGCGGGAGGAAGCAUCGGAGACAUCAGGGUUUGCUUCAGGACUAGCACCGUACAAGACCUCGGAACGAUCUCGAUCGUCUCCCCCAGCAUCUCCCUCGCCCUUCCCCGCUACCUCACCAACUUGACGCUGCUCACCGUGAUACAGCAGGGUGUACCCUUCAACCUUUCCCUCCAAGGUACCGGUCUCUCCUCCCCGAACAUCUUCGUCAAGAUCGUCCCUUCCUCGCAGCUCUGCCAGGGUACCGUCAGCCUCGUCACAGGAGCGGCGGCAGGAGGUGAAGCUCGCCUCGUCAGCAGCCAGCAGGCUCAGUUCCCAGCUGGAAUCCGGCAGAGCGGGCCGAUGCACGUCUGCUUCCUCACGCGCGGAGCUCCGUCGUUCCUCGACGUCCCCAGCAGCUCCUUCACCGUCCUCCCCCCCGUCACUGUGACCAGCAUCAUCCCAGCGUACACGAUAGCGGGGGAUGGAGCAACCAAGGUCUUCCUGUACGGCAGCGCCCUUGUUUCCUCCAGCUUCUCCUCCUCGCUCUUCCUCUCCUCCGCCGACUGCAUCGUCGGCUCGCAGCCUCCCGGUGGCUCCUCUCAGCUCCUUGUGGACGAUGACGGGGGCAACGGUCGCGUCGCCUUCGCCUCCUUCGUCUUGACCUCCCCGGGGACCUUCAGGCUCUGCGUGCAGACUUCCCUGUCGUCGCUUCCUCAAGACGUCGGCGCGAUCAACGUCCUUGCCGCCUCUUCUCUUCCUCUCCUCGCGCAGAUCGCUCCGACUUCCCUCCUCGCGGGUCAGGCCACCAGCUUCGUGCUGAGGGGACAGGCUCUCUCCUCGACACUCAAGCUCAUGGUCGCCUCCUCCUGCUCCUCCCCGACGAGCUACAUCAGCUCCAUCGCUUCGGUGAACGACAACAGGACGAUCGCUUACAGCUCGGCCCUCACUGUCCCCUUCAUCUCUUCCUCGGUCAAGAUCUGCAUCGCUACGUCCUCCAGCUCCACCUACCUCGAGCUCGUGACGUUGAGCAUGAAGAGUCUGAUACGGCCAUCAUUGUACCAACAGCCGGCGGCUCCUCUCCUCCUCUAUCGCAACUUCCCAGCUGAUCUGGAGUUUGUGGGGGAUGGCAUCGGAGCUGGAGACGCUGUCUUCAUCUCCUCCUCCUCCUGCCCCUCCGACCCUGCGAAGCCGGUCCUCAAUCUCCUUUCGGUCGUUCCAACUGUACCCGGAGGGGAGGUCAAAGUCAUCGCAAGCAGCAUGCUCGUGCUGCCUCUGGCGGCGUGCGAGACUUCUCGCUAUCGUCUAUCCUUCCGGCUCACAGCAAUGUCCUCCUCCUCCUCCCCCUACAGCAUCUGCUACGUCCCUCUCGGAUUCGCUUACGCUCUCACCAUCAGCCCGGGAGUGCAGGUUGUGACUCCGUUCCUCUCCUCCUUCCUCCCCAAGUUCGUCAACAGCAUGAGCUUCCAGCAGAUCACCUUCCAGGGGUCAGGAGGAUACGCACCAGGAGACAAGCUCAUCCUCCUCUCGCCCUACUCCUCAUCCUCCUCCUUCCUCACCAGGACUUGCCAGAGCUACGUGGGAGCGUACGAGCAGGUGGCGACGAGCUUGCGGUACACGGUCAGAGCGCUGGAUAUCAACGGGAGGACGUUGGUUGCCUACUUCAACCUCUCGGAGACGAGGACGGAAUUUCUCGCAUGCUACCAGCCCUACGAUGCUACUGGGUGGCGGGAUGUGACGUCGGUCAGCAGCGGGGAAGUGAUCAAGGUCGUGCCCCCAACGGCUUCCUCCCUCGCCACUCCCUUCCUCUACGCCCGCUCCCUCACCACGCUGUCUGUCGUGGGUCUGGGGCUCUCGUUCGGGGACAGUUACAAGAUCGUCAAGGAGGGAGGAAGCUGUCAAUCCGAUCUUCCUGUGGUAGGAGGGGACGUGCGAAUUCCCAGCAGGAUUUCUCAGCUCGCUGACACGGCUCAAGUCUCCUUCCUGCUGGGGGCAGAGGCCAUAGGACGCACUACCGUCUGCUUUCUCCCCCGAGGAGGAUGCGACUUUUCCCCCGUCGCCUCACUUGAGGUCAGGCCGCCUGCUCCCUUGGCCGUUGACGGCAGCACGGACUACGGCGGCGCCAUCCUAAACCAUCCAUUCCUCCUCCGGCUCUCCGGCAUCGGGCUCAGCAGCACUGACGACCUCACGGUCGUACCGGGUGACGUGGCAUGCAGCGACGGGGUCAUGUCCUCUGCUAGGAUCUUCUCCUACGCCUCCAGCAGCUCUGCGAGCGCAGACGGAAGUUUGUCCUCCUUCCUCCUCACCGUCACAGGCUACGAGACGCGCGGCAAGCUCUGCUUCCGCUACUGCUCCAACGGAGGAUGCAGCGGCAGGUCGUCCUUCCGGGAGACCGGGUUGUACCUCAAGCUCCUUGAGCCGACAGUCACUCAGGUCAAACCCAAUGAGAUCCAAAAAGACAUGUACGUCACGUUUGACAUUCAAGGAAACUCGUUUACACCCAAAGACAACUUCAAGCUCGUCCACAGCACAGCGCCGUGCUCGGGCAGUGAUUCGGCUCUGGACGUGAUGACGGGAGGUAACGGUCGCGCCCCCUGGAACGUCUCCUGUCCCUACGCCUUGGGCGUGCAAUGCAAGGGGGCCGUCAGCUUCACCAUCGAGGGGACUGGGACUGGCAAGCUCUGCUACCUGCCCUCAGGAGGAGCAGGUUAUCGCGACAUCCUCCUCGGCUACAACAACACACCAUACAUCAUCCAAGUCUGCGAGGGGGAGCAUGAAGGUAUGAGCGGAGCCCGUCGGAGAUGGUCGGGCAAGCAGCUUGCCGUCGGCAUCCUCGGUCGCCAUCGCGCCUGCAUCAUCGAGCUGACGAGCUCGGGGGUCCUCCGCGUCCUCGCAGUCCAGUCCAUGAAUCCCCAGUCGCCCAAAGAGAAGUUCGUGGUGGACGAGGCGGCAUGCAGGACGACGGUGGAAGCGGAGUGCUGGGUGGAGGAUCUCACGAAGGAGGUAGAGGCCAAGGCGAGGAACUCUCGUCCUGAGUUCAACGCUCUCCAUCUGCUCUUCCCUCGGCGCGAUAGGACGAUGCCAGAAACCAAGUACGACUCCUAUGAAUGUCUUGUGUUUGAAGAAAAGGCAGGGACUGCUCUCCUGGUCCGCGUGCAGAUUCUUGGCGACAAGGGGGAGGAGGAGGAGUGUCAGGAGGAGAUCAACAGGGCCAGGAAGGUCUGGGCGGAGAGGAGGUUUGAGGCACAGAAUAAGGUCGUUGCGAUCCUGGACCUGAGAUUCGCAUCCUUCAACCCGCAGGAGGAGAUGUGA